UGCCAGGAUUGUGCUGGUGCCUUAUAGCCAAGUGGAACUGGGAUUGAUUACGUUGAAGACUGCGAUUGUGGGCGUGAGCGAGUACUUUAGAGUACAUAAUAACUCCAGAAAUCUAACAGAGGUGACACAGCUAGCCAAGAAAUACAAUAAAGAAGUCAGGAAGAUCGAGAGAUGGCUUAAUGAAAUCAUCUACAAUAAAGAAUACUACCACUUCUUCGAAAUCAACACUGAAAUCAAGAAGACCUUGGACCAACUCCAAGAAGACCCCCUCUUCACAGAUUUCACAUCUAGAAAAUACACUGAAACCGUAAUAAACAGCCGCAGCUACGAUAACCCCCAAAUAUCCCUCAAGACCUGGAAAGCACUCUACCAGCAAUACACUUCCUGGCUGCAGAGAACAUGUUCUGAAGUACACCAAGAAUCCCUUACCAGGACUACAUAAGCCAAGACACAAGUCGCUGACCAACAGAAAGUACUUCAAGGGGUAAUGGCACAGUUGAUGACUACCAAACAGACAUUGACAGAAGAGAAUACCCAACUAGAGAUGGCACAGAAGGCAAAAGAACAGGAGGCAAGAAGAGCCAGAGAAGAAAAAGUCACCAGACUGCAAGAGUCCUUUAAGAGUGAAGCUGAGAAGAUGAAGAACGAGGAAGAAAAGAGUCAUAAAACUAUUGAAGAAGCUACACAGAAAGUUGUAGCUCAGGUGAGGAGUAAAAAUGAAGAAGCUCAGAAGAGCGAGAGUCAGAAUAAGACACUUGAGGAAGAAGUUAAAGCACUCCAGUCGCUUUGUCUUAAGACUGAUCCUUUGUCGAAAUUGGGUGCCUCAGAAGAAGAAGAUAAAAACAAUGAUGAAGAAGCCAAGGAAAGCGCUCAGUGCCUCAUCAGCUGCUCCUUGAAUAAAGACAGAGUCUUUAUCUUUAAUUCUGACCCUGAACUUCAGGAUAUUGAUGGAGCAAUUGAUGAAGUUGUCUCACUUAGUAGCAAGGCUGAGAAGCAGAUCACAGUCGGCAAUUUUAGCAUUAACCAAGAAAUGCUUGUGAAGUUGUUCUCUGUGCUUAAAGCUAAGACAUGUGUCUCAUUGAGCUCCUGCAACAUUAACUUAUCCUCGACUCCUGACUUUGGCUCUGUACUUGAUGGGUGUACCAUCGAAGAACUCCAGUUCAGCAACAUGGAAGAGGCUAAAUAUGGAGACUGGGCCAAUUCAGAAGCAUUUACAAACUUGAUUAAGGGGCUCGCUAAAAAUGAAGCUUUCAAGACCGCUCUGAAGAAGAUCAGGGUUAGCAAGUGCGGACUUGAUGAAAUAAAAAUCAAGGGAAUACUUGAACAAGAAGGUCUCAGUUCUGUAGAUGUACAGAGUUCAUAG